UGGUUGCGCGCACGAGGCCAGCCAGGCGCGGGGCGACUGCGAGGACUGCGGCCCGGCUGCAUGUCGCGGGUUCACACGAGACGGGGAGGGAAGUGCCUGCCCAGCCCUCGGGAGGCGGAGGCGGAGGGGGCUGCCCGGCGGCGGCGGCGGCGGCGGCGGGGCAAAGGCUUCUCCUGCCGGGGGCGGGGCGGGGCGAGAGGAGGGCGGGCACGGAGGGGCCACAAAGGCCCGGUCCCACCCCCGGCCGGUCAGUGGCCCUCCCCGCGGGCGGAGCCUCCUCCUCCUCCGGCCCUUCCCCCGUGGCGGGCGGGCGGGCGCUGAGGGCCCCCCGGCGGCGACCAGGAGCACCGAGGCAGUCCCGCCUCCGGAGAGCAGCGGCGGCGGCGGCAGCAGCAGGGUGGAGAAGUGCUUUGCCUGAGAAAUGUGCAGGCCCUCCCAUUCACCUGGCACGAUGUUCCUUAUGAAUACCUCUCCUUUGGUAGCUCUCCAGAGAAAAUGGGAGCCUUUUGCCCAGACGAGGAGCUGUCGAUACCCGGUCUGCUUCUCGGAAUCUGAAGAUGACAUUGGUAGGACAUCCAUAAGCACCAAAGUGCAGAUGAUCAUAAACAAUCUGCAAAGUGAAGACUUAUCCUUGGCCCCUACCAGUGAAUAUGGCUGCAUUUUGCAGGAAAAAAUAAAGGGGGUGAAAUUUGGAGGUCACAAGCUGAGGAGCACUGGCAGGCUGCCACCCCAAGGAUGUGCAAAGCAUGCCCAGGACAGCUGCCCUGCUGACUCCGAUGGCAUGGACGCGGAAGAGGGUUCAGAGUUUGGGCCCCUGUCACUGAAUUCUGACAGUGAUGAUUCUGUUGAUCGAGAGAUAGAGGAAGCCAUUCAAGAGUACUUGAAAAACAAAGGCCGGAACCUCCCGCCCUUGCCAGGCACUCAUGCAGACAAGAGUCUCAGAAAAGAGCAGCCUUCCUGUGCUGUGGCUUGUAAUGUAUUCCCUGCCGGUGUGAAAGCAAAUGGGAUCCCUCAGCACCUUGCUCCUGAUUUUCUGGGAGAUGACACACUCCAUUGGGCCCCCUCCCCUUGCAGCGUGAGCAGUGAUGACUCAUUUGAACAGAGUAUAAAAGCUGAGAUAGAGCAAUUCCUCAAUGAAAAGAAACAGCAAACAAGAAAAAAGACGGUGUCUGGAGGGAGUAAGAGUCUGGAUCAAAAGGAGGCACGUGAGAAAUUAACAAGUCAGAAAAAAGGAACCAGCAAAACAAGGCCAGGUUCUUUCAAGCGAGGAGGCAAGGCCUUCUUAAGGAGGCGAAAAGUAGAACUGCAAAACACCAGCACACCUCCUAAAUGUUUGAUGCUGAAAACAGAAGAGCUUGUGGGUGUCAAAAAAACAAGCCAAAUAUACCUUAACUCUCCUGGGGCUGCCCAUUCCUGCAUGUUGGAGCAAAGUAAUAAUGGUGAGAUCAGGCAGAAGUUUUGGAAAGACAGAGGAGAACAAGGCCCUGAAAGUUUAAAUAUAUCUGAUUCAAGUAGUGAUGACGGCAUCGAAGAAGCAAUUCAACUUUACCAGCUGGAAAAAGUCAGAAAAGCAGCCAAUGCUGAAGCCAGCCAUGUUCCUUUUCAGAAGGAAGAGUUUGGGGCUGGGGAGCUAGCACACAUAUCUGCAAGCCUGACAAUCCGUUCAGAUGGAAAUGCCUUGCCAGAAAAUACCAGAACAGCCAUAAGGAGCAGCAAGAGGAAACAUCUUGGCUCAAAACCUACAGAAUUAAAUAGAAUCAGUGCCAUCUGUAAUGAGCAGGAGAAAAACAGGUGUUGCACUUCUCCAGCAAACAGCUUUGCCAGUAGUAUGGUCACGUCACAGUCCUGCAGAGCAGAUACUGCGGCUGAGUUGAUGUGUGCAGAAGCCAUUCUGGAUAUCUCCAAAACUAUCUUGCCACUCCCUGUGUCAGGUGACAAUAGAUCCCUCCUGGCUGACCCUUUCUUCCAUUCCCAGGAGGGUGUCCCUUCUUCCCACCAUGAGAGUGAUAGUAAUGUUGUGGACAGCGAUGACAGCAUUGAACAAGAGAUAAGAGCUUUUUUGGCUGUGAAAGCACAAAGAGAGUGUUUGAUAACCACCCCAAAGCCUCUGUCCUCUGGGCAGCUCAAGAGGCCUAAGCGGUUCUUUCCCAACACAUUGAACCUAGCCCUGAAUCAUAAAAGGACACUUAAAAAGGAAGGCAGAGUAUCAAGACCAAGACAGAAUAAACAAAGGACACUAUCAGAGAUGGGUUUUAGCCGUCUGCAUAGUGACAGCCAUUCAAAACAUGUUGCUUCCCAAAAAGAGAAUGUUCUUAGCAGUGUGAAAAACCAUGAAACCAGCGGGGCGGCUACGCAACAGGAGGUCACUCCAGCCACUGUCAGUUCUGUGGAUUUUACGUACCCCCUGGCACAAGGACUUCUUGAUGCAAGGGGGCUUGUAAAAAAUACAAGACAAGUUCUGCAGAAAUAUAGCACAGAUGACAAGAGCAGCUCUUUGGACAGCGACGAGGAUUUGGAUACAGCAAUCAAAGAUCUCUUAAGAUCUAAACGGAAGCUGAAGAAAAAAUCCAAAGACCAAAACAUUCAGUGUAAGAAAGUGAGAUUUGGUAACGCCGAGAUGCAUAUUUUUGAGGAUAAACUUGAAAUUCUCCCCAAAAAAGACUGCAAAUCCAAAAAUCCUACCUUGCUAAAAAGCUGCCUCAUAAGAUCCAGAAGAAACAUUCGGGAAGUGAGUAAACAGAAGGGGUCUCGAUGCAUUGUGAAAGGGAGAACUAAAAGCGCGGAGGUCAGACAGUGGGCAUUAACCUUUGGAAAGGGAGGCCAGACAGUUUCUGGACCAGACUGCCAAGCAGCAGCAGCAAUGAAUGGUCAGCAUCCUUGGAUGGCCACACCCUUGAUGGAAGACAGCAACUCUUUGGAUAGUGAAGAUGGCAUUGAACAAGAAAUCCAGAGGUUCUUAGCAGAAAAGGCCAAAGAUUCCUCGCGUUGUGUGGAAAUAGCUGGAGCUUUUGGAAUUGUUGACACUAUGAAAGCUGCUAAUCCUCAAACUGCACUACCAAAAGCAAAGCGCCAGCGGUCAGAAGGUGGGGACGUUGACUUAUUGAAGCAGAAUAAGAGAGCAAAGAAGGGCUGUCAGCCAAUGACUGAGUUGAAAAGUGCUCUGAGUAUUGAAAGAGAGAGUGCAGGAACUGUUGCUCGACUUGGUAAACAAGCCAGAACGUGCACAGAAGACACUGACAGCCAAGCAGCAGUGAUGCUGCAGGGAAACCAGAGAAUUGCUCCAGCCAAAGGUGCUGGUUUAUCUGUAAAAAGAAUUGCAGUGGACAGGAAGGGGGUGUCUGAUGACAGCCUUGAUCAGAGAAGUCUUCCGACUUGGAAGGAGAAAGCUGAGAACUGCAAACUGCAGAAUUAUUUUAAGCCCAUGUCACUUUUCAGAAAAAAGAACCCACGGGAGUUCAAAAUUUCUAGCAAGUCUACAGCAGGCUUCAAAGGUGCCCAGACGAAGAAGAAAUGUGUGCUUUUGAGGAAAAGGCGUGGCCUAGAAUUGCCAGUUCCCCAGAGCAAUGUGUUCAGGAGGCGGGAGGGCUUGCUUGGUGAGAAACUUAAAGCUCCUGUAAAGCAAGAAGGGAUCCUGGUUUCCAAAUGCAAGACAGAAGAGGCAGAGUUGUCUCUAAGAUGCAUGGCAGAAGAGCUAUAUACCCAAGUGUCAGAAAAAAUGGAGGCUGUCCCUUUAAGUGCAGAAAUGCUCAUUCUUUCAAAAGCCAGACUUUUUGAUGAUGAAGAGCCUUGUCCCUGUGCAGAUUCAAAGCUAAGCUCUCUUUUUCAGGAGCCCAACAUGUGUGAUCCCAGCAGGGCUAAUGUCAGCUCGUUGCCAUCUGAGAUCCCUGUUAAGGAAAAGGAAGGGGAAGCCCAUGAUCACAGCGACGGUUGGGAGGAGGGGCUUGGCACCUCCAAGUCUUGUAACUCACCAUUGAAAGAGACGGGGUUGGACCCACCAAGAGACAGGAUAGCUGAGAAGCAAACCCAGCAGGAUGUAGAAGGAGGCUCUGCAGAAUUUACAGAUGUACCUAUGGUGGCCCACAGUCAUGGUCUGGAGACAAACAAGCCCUCCAGUGUGUAAUGACUUCAUAUUUUAGUCAUUGUUAAGGUAAUUCAAAAGGUUGUGUCAUAAUCAUAUUAAAAGAGGUGAGGUUUUUGUAACAUAUGAAGAAGAUUGAUUUGAGUCUGUUCUUCUGCUUACAUGACUUUGGUGCAUAUGAGCCACAGCUGUAGACCCUCUGGCUGUGGUGUGAAGGACACGUAUGCUGCCAUUACAAAAAUAAAUGUGUUUUUUUCUGACAGAUUGACUUCUGUUAAUGCAAUGAUGCAAACUUUCAUGUCAGUGUCUUAAAAGAACUUAAAACCAAAAGGUAAAAGUGGGGGGGGGGGGGGGGGGAUGGCCCGCAUCAGUAUACAGAAAUGUGAAGAAACACGUUUGCAGUUAUCUGUACUAAUUUUUUUUUCUCUUGGUAGAUUUAAAAAAAUUAUUUAAGAAGUGCUUUAAGGAAAUCUUUUUUAGGUUCUAUUUAUAGGCAUGGCAACUAUGCAGAGCUGUAGUUGUCAUGUUUAUUGUAAGAGAUGGAAAUGAUUGUGGUUUGUUAUGCUUUAAAUCAUGAUGCACGCUCAUGCCUGCUUUUGAAUUACUCAUCCAUUUUGAAGAGCUGUAAUUGAAGUGCCUCAAUACCACAAACAUAUUUUUAGAAUGUCACAAAAAUUCAGCUACUUUAGGAUGCACUCCUGUUUGUUUUGCUUUUUGAAAACUAUUUAUUUAUGGGACUGUCAGUACAUGCAGGCAGACUUUCUUACAGGUCUAGAGAGACCUUAUGCAAAAGAGUGGAUUUGUGUAUCAUGCAAUUAAUGGGACAGGCCUUGAAAGCAGGACUAAAAGAGGAGCUCCAAGAUAUAAAUAUCCAUUGGGUUAGGUUUAUCAUUUGAAGAAUUGUUUGUUUUUAUGAACCGGCCUUUUACCAAGUCACACCCUUGUUCCAUGGAACUCCGUGGUGGCUGCUGUGACCGUCCCUGGUUCUCCCUGGUCUCAAGAUGAGAAAGGUUUCCCCCAGCCCCUCCCUUUCUGAGGUCCUUUGAAAUGCUCUCAGCCUGUGUGCAAACCGGAUGUUCUGCCAAUAAACUACAAGACCUUCUUUUUGUUAAUGCCUGUGAAAGUUUGUUCCAAAUUGCCAGGCAGUAGAAAGAUGUUCUUUGAUGCUCUUUGAUUUACUUAAUGGGACUAUUGCUGUCUAGCAAAACCAAAUGUCUGGACCUCAGCAGAACAAAUUGUAAGUUGGAGGGGGUAUGGAUUAAAAAAACACUUUAUGAUAUAGUUCCCCUGAUCCAGUCAUCGUCGUCCCCCCCACACACAAACAUGAAUGCCAUUUGUGCCCCCCCCCCCAAAAAAAACCCUAACAGGAGAUAUGGCAUUGCCACCACUAUACAUGGUUUUGUCCCAGGAAAACAAAAAGGGAAAGGCACAAAUCUGUCCAAAAGAGCAAGGAGCAAAAGGUUCCACUUUUUGUCACUGUGUAACUGGGGAGCAGCUGGAGCAGCUUCUGGGCCCAUUGACUUCAGUGAACUCCAAAGGGUGUUAACUCUACUUAAUGAUUGCACUGUUAGCUUGGAAUUGGGACCUGCCCCAUUGAUUUUCAACUCGUACCUUAUUUUUAAAAUGCUGUGUUGAUAAGACUAAACUUAUGUGAACAUUCAGUUUGUCAUUUGACUGUACAAAUUCUGCCGAGCAUUCCAUUUAAAUUCUUCACAGAAAUAGACCUGUGUGUCAGAUCCCUUUGUGUUACUUCAUUUCAAUUUGAAUUGCAGUACCUUGUCACUGGUGAUUUCAAUGCCUCUGAUUUUGAGGAGCACUUUUUAAAUUAAAAAAAAACCCCUUGUGUGUAUAAGAAA